AGUGCCUUCUUUUUGCAUUUGUGAUUUAGGAGGUGCGAGCAUUUCGUUUGUUCGAAAACAAGGUGAAAGCUAUUUCAGUCACCAAGGAAAAUGCCCUUCCUGAGCUCACCUUAUCCAUCCUUCCCUCAAUCAACCGGGAAACAGAGGCCUUUACAUCGGGUAAGAGAGUACAGAGCCUAAAAGGAUUUGUUCCCGGCGCUCUUCCCGCCGCCCUCUUCUCUUUCUGCACCGUCCUUCUUCUCUGUUGGCUUGGAUCUUUCUUCUCUGCUUGGAUUUCGUCGUGGGAGCCACCCCGUUCCAAGCUUGUCUGAUUCGGUUCGCGGUCUGCGCCUUGGUUUUGUCAAGCCCAUGUCGUCCAUUUCUACUAUGGGAACAUACCAAGAAGAACAAGAAACGUUGAGAGGCGGCCACUUCAUUCGAAGGCCUGAGUUUUGUUUAUGUUGUUCUUCCUGUUCCAUCCUCACUUGCUCCGAAGAAGGUAUGGAGGCAAGAAGCUCUCUGUUUUCGUUGGGUGAUUAUCAAGAUACUGAUCACAAAGGCCAAAGUGGUGGUUCCCUCCAUUGGAGGGUGAAGUUUGGGCUUCAGACUUUAUGUGACGCUAGUGCCUGAGCCAUGGAUGGUCCGCAGAAGUGGAUCUUCCUGGUGGCCCUUUUCAUCGGGCCUGCUUUGGCCCAAGAUGAAGAUGGGAACAAUAACAUCACUUUCCACCAAGAUCCAGGUCCCGUACUAAAUCGGAUGCCAUGUAAGAAUGAAACGGACUGCCAGAAUGUGGAGGGGGCCUAUUGCGACCAAGGGACCCACUUGUGUACUUGCAAACCAGAUUUCAUGGUCACAGACACCCACAAUUGCUACAGAGAAUCCAACUAUGAGGAGUUUUGCCGAAUGGACAUCCAAUGCCAAAGGACGGAUGAGAAUAUGAGAUGCAAUUUAGACCUGAAUCUUUGCCAAUGCCAACCACGAUUUGAGGCCAAGGCGGUUCCCAGUGGUGGUGGGCGGAAGAGCAAAUCCAAGUGUGUGGAGUCUGAGAACAAGAUGGACUCCACGGGGGCUUAUUACGAUCCAGCCUUGUUUGGAAUAAUGGGAGGUUUAGCAUUGAUGUUCAUCGUGAUAUGCGUGGUUCUCCAAAUGUUUGCCAAGGCCCAGUUCCGAGAGAACAGAACGAUUUUCAACACGCCCAAUCCUCGUUUGAUGAAUGUCUCCCUGAUGAAAGACAGUAAGUUGUUUGGAGCCACCCCGCGUAAGACCUCGGGCGGUUCACUUACAGCUGCGCAAAAGCGGAAGUUACGCAAGGAGAGUGUGGCCGCGGCUGCAGCCGCAGCCGCCGCUUACCAGAUCGGCCAGACCACCUUAGAGACCAUGGCCGAACAGGCUGACCCACACUCACUAGCUCAAGCCUCGACAACUCAGGGGGAUCUCGUCAUGGACGAUCUCGAUGUGGCGGGCGAGCAGACCGCCUUACUGCUGGAAGAGUCCCCGGUGCAACCCCCUGAGGCCAAGGACCGUAAGUCGAGUGGGAAUGCCGGGCACAACUUUGACGAUCUGGGUGGACCUCGGGAGCCUCGGGAACCCCGCGAAUCUAGAGAAUCUCGGAAGCGUGGGGCUGGCCCGGCCGUGGCUUCGACUUCGGCUGGCGCGGCAGGAAGCUCUAACUUGGGAAAGGUGGCUGAAGAGGAGCGGAUUCAAAUUGAGAGUGAAACUUAAUAUCGUGUGGUGGAUUAAGAAAAAACCUUGCUUUGACCGGUCUAAAUUGAGCGGUAUAAUUCGAUCUCUGUUGUGCUUUAUCCUCCAUUUGUGCCGAAAAAACACCUUUUACUGUAUACGUAAGUCAAUCCACCGAGAGUGAGUCUUCAACAUUCCGCCAACAGAGUGCCAGUCUUUCCAAUCUCUGGGAGACACUUUAUCAGAGAAAACAAGACAAAGGUUCAUUUUAGAUGCCUCCAUACCAUAGCGAACGAUGAUUCUUUGUAAUUACCCCGCUGUAUAAAACAAAGCAAUGUACUAUUGUACUCAAUGUCACUGUAUGAGAAUGCCCCUCCGCCAUCCGAAGAAUGAUGAUUAUUAUAACGAUGCUUUCUAUCACAGUUCGAUGUAUGUCUCUGUCUCAAAUUUCCCUCAACAGAUCUAAAGUAUAUGAAAUGAUGAUUAAUACGUGUGCUUGAGUGCAAAUGCUUCGCUCAUACUCUAUGUCUAGUGACAAAAAGACACCAGAGACAAUAUUCGAAAUGAUUGAUGUUGAGAGACACUGUGGAACCAAUAGGCUAUGGGACCUCUUCUUUAGAGCAAUAGGGGAAUGUUGUUCUAGAGUAAUAGGUCCCGUCUUCUAAUGAAAGUGGUAAAACCCCGAAAAACCUUGGGUGCCACCAGACAAUAACGUGAGAUGAUGCCUCCCAAUUCUCGUUGUCUCUUUGUAUAUCAUUUGAAUAUUGUAUAUUUACUGGAUGAUUGAAUAAUAAAUUGAAUGCGAGCGGUA